AUAAAGCGGAGUGUUGUCGAUUGCCGUGUUGGUAUACUAUAUAAACAAUACUUCGUACAAAGUGAGAACAGUUUGCUUACGGCCACCGUAUCUCUUUACUCGAUUUUAUACUGUUACAAUACGUCAACACCUGUGUUUACGCGAUUGAAGUUUUUUAUCUUCUUCUUCUUCUUCUUCUUCUUCUUCUUUCUUCUUCCUCUCCUUCUUCUUCUUUUUCCUCUUCUUAGUCAGUUUGUUCCCAAAGGAAAUCAUCAAAUCAUUUGAAAUUUAAAAAAAAAUAUUCAAGUGACUUUUAAAAAAAUUUUUUUUUUUACCAUUUUGGGAUUAUUUGAAAAUCAUCAAUUGGGAGCAGUAAAAGAAAAAAAAUUCUUUUCCUUUCGGAGGAAAAAAAAAUGUCGCACGAUAAUCAUGGAUUUACUGCAAGUUUGGAUCAUCUGGAUCAAAAGAAGCCCAUAAAAAAUGAAACGAAAAAAAAAUUAUCAAAAGAUGAGAGAAGUAAUAUUUAUACUGUUGAACUGCAGGAUAAAAAGAGUUACGUUCAAGAAUUGGAGGAUGAUUAUGAACCAUAUAAUCAUCGACAAGUUGAUCAUCCUACCACAUUUUGGGAGACACUUCUUCAUCUCCUGAAGGGGAGUUUGGGAACUGGCAUUUUAGCAAUGCCAAAAGCAUUUUCACAUGCAGGUUACGGAGUGGGAAUAGUGGGAACAAUUGUUAUUGGUUUCCUAUGUACAUACUGUAUACAUUUAUUAAUUAAAUCGGAAUACGUACUUUGUAAGAGAAGAAAAAUUCCCUCACUCACUUAUCCAUUAACGGCAAUUGAGGCAUUAAAUGAUGGACCAAAAUUUUUCCGACCUUGUGCCAAAUAUGCUGGACAUGUGAUAAACGCAUUUUUGUUGAUUUAUCAACUUGGUACCUGCUGUGUUUACACGGUUUUCAUUGCAAACAAUUUAAAAAUUGCAUUGGACCCAUAUGUACCUGCAUCGUUCACAUUGAGUCACUACAUGUUGACACUUCUUUUACCAUUGAUAUUCAUCAACUGGAUAAGAAGCUUAAAAGCAUUGGCACCACUAUCGACGAUUGCCAAUGUAAUGACACUCGCUAGUUUUGGAAUUAUUCUCUACUAUCUAUUUAGAGUGCCUCCAACACUUGAGGGAAAGGAUCCCAUUGGAAAAGUUGAAGACUUUCCUCUAUUUUUUGGCACAGUACUUUUUGCACUCGAGGCAAUUGGAGUGAUUAUGCCACUCGAGAAUGAAAUGAAAGAGCCAAAAUCUUUUGUCAAUUCUUGUGGUGUAUUGAACAUUGGUAUGUUCAGUAUUAUAACAUUGUACAUUGGAAUGGGAUUAUUUGGUUAUCUUAGAUAUGGUAAUACAGUGGAGGGGAGUAUAACAUUCAGUAUUUCAAAUGGAACAACUGACAUUAUUCCAGCAAAAAUUGCUCAAAUAUUAUUGGCAAUAUCAAUAUUCUUCACACAUGCACUACAAUGUUAUGUUGCCAUUGAUAUUUCUUGGAAUGAAUACAUUUUUCCAAGAAUGUCAAAGGUAAGAAGGACUGUUAUUUGGGAGUACGUGCUGAGGACCAGUAUUGUUCUUGUUACUUUUCUUCUUGCCGUACUAAUUCCCGAAUUGGAUCUCUUUAUCUCAUUAUUUGGAGCACUAUGCUUGUCGGCCGUUGGCAUUGCAAUUCCGGCAAUUAUUCAUAUUUGUACAUUCUGGUCAAUUUCAACAACAACUGAGAAAGCAAUAAUGGUGGCAAAAAAUAUGUCACUUGUUUUAUUUGGACUUCUUGGACUUGUCGUUGGCACCUAUACAAGUCUCAGGGAUAUUAUACAUAAAUUCUCGUGAUUUAUCAUUGUUAACAAUUCGUUUAACCGGAAAUGACACUUAAAAGUGUAUAUAUUUAUAUAUAAAUGUAUGUAUAGAAUAUAGGGUGGGCAAAGAAUGCCCAAGUGAUUUUUACUGUUUUUAAAUGUGAAUGUGUAUAACGAGUGUGAAUAACGUAACUAAAUGAUUGUUUUCUUUUUAAAAAAAAACAUUCUCGGGAAUGAAACGAAAAUUUCUGAAACGUCUUUUUUUAAUUAUUAUUAAAAUAAUAAUAAUUCUAAUAAUAAUAAUAAAAAUUAUUAGUAAUAUUAUAAUUUUAUUAUUAUUAUUAUUGUUAAUAUUAUUCGUCGAGUAUUAAAUAUAGUUAGAAAAAAAUUUAAAUUAGAAGAAGAGAAAAAAAAGACGAAAUGACAUGACACUGUAUGAAAAAGUGCGCGACAUUAGCAAAAAAACAAGUUAUUCUAUAGAUACAGUAAAAAUUAAUUUUGUAAAUAUUUUCUAAUUGGAUCCUACUUAAUGAUAGAUCCUACUUGACAAUCGAUAUUUAACGUAUGCAAUUUUUUUUAAAUAAAAUUGCACAAUUUCUCGAAACAAUUCCAAUUAAGAUUGAAUACUGGUUUCCGUAGUACUUUUAGUACUGAUUAGUACAGGACUACUUAGUUUUAGUUCUUAUAGUACUUUCAGUACUAGUUUCGAGAUGAAUUUUUAGUCAAAAAUUACAUAGUGCUUUCAGUACUGAUCACUCUAGUACUGAAAGUACUAUUUCACUGAUAAAAUAUUGUACUAAAGGUACUAUUAAACCAAAUGUAGUAAUGUACUAAAUGAAUUAUAAUACUACAUGUAGUACUAUAUUUAUUUACUAUGUACUACUAUAUUUAUUUUUAGUACAAUAAUACAAAAAAUAAAUAUAAAUAAUACUGAAAGUACUAUUUCAUAUACAUAAUAGUACUGAUAGUUCUAUUUUACUAAAAAAAUACUGUACUAAAGGUACUAUUAAACUAAAUGUAGUAAUGUACUAUAGUACUAUAUAGAAUGACAGAAAAUAGUAGUACUAUUGUUACUAUAGUAUUAGUGCUACAGAUAAAAUAGGAGUAUGAAAAUAAAUUCUAUAGUAUUAAUUUUAUAUCACAUAUAGUACUGAAAGUACUAAUGAGCUAAACGCACUAUUAUACUGAAUGUAACAUGAUACUGAUGGUACUAUUAUACUAAUUGUACUAAAAGUACUAAAUACUACAAGUAGUAUUGUGCAAAAAACCAACAGUACUACUAGUACUACUUUUCUCCAAUUUAUUAUUUUACUAAAACCAUAAUUCUAUUAAAGGUACUACUAUUCUGACUGUACUUGUCUACUAAAACACUUAUGUACUAUCGGUACUAUUAUAAUAAUGAUAAUAAUAAAUUAUUAUAGUAGUAGUACUAUAGUAGUAAGUCUACAGAUGCAGUACUACAGUUUUAGUACUACAGUUGCAGUACUAAAGUUGUAGUACUAUAGAUACAGUACUAUAGUUGUAGUACUAUAUUUGUAGUACUGAAGUGGUAGUACUAUAGUUAAAGUUCUAUUCCUGCAGUACAACAGUUGUAGUACUAUAUUUGUAGUAAAAAAGUAGUAGUACUAUAUUUGUAUUACAAAAGUGGUAGUACUAUAUUUGUAGUAUUAUCGUAGUAGUACUAUGUUUGUAAUACUAUAGUAGUAUUACUAUAUUUGUAAUACUACUAUAGUAGUAUUACUAUAUUUGUAGUACUGUUGUGGUAUAGUACUAUAGUUGAAGUUCUAUUCCUUUAGUACAACAGUUUUAGUACUGUAUUUAUAGUACUAUAGUAGUAGUACUUUUUUUGUAGUAUACUACUAUAGUACUACAUUUGCAGUACUAUUGUAGUAUAGUAGUAGUACUACAGUAGUAGUACUAUAGUAGUAUUACUAUAUUUGUAGGAUUAUCGUAAAUGUAGUACUAUAGUUAAAGUUCUAUUCCUUCAGUACAACAGUUGUACUACUAUAGUAGUAGUACUAUGUAUGUAGUAGUAUAUUAGUAGUACUACAUUUGUAGUACUAUAGUAGUAGUAUUAUAGGUACUAUUAUACUAUUUGUAUUAUUGUACUAUAUUUAGUGUUAUUCUAAAAAAAGUGAAACAGCUAUUGUACUAAAUUUAGUAUUAUAUUAUAAAUACUGAAGGCACUAUUGUACUAAAUUUAGUAUUUCUGUAGUACGAUUUAAUAUUUUAGUAGUACUAUUGUACUAUAAUUACCGUUUACUACAAUUAAUAUUGUACUAUAAAAAAUACCAUAUUCUUACAAUUAGUACUAAAGUGACAAAAGUACUAUUUUACUAAAAUACUAUUAUACUUUUGGUACUGCGGAAACCAGUACUAAAAAUACUCUAGGAACUAUUAGUACAAUCUUAAAUAGAAAUAUUAUUUUCCCAUACUAUAAAUAAGAUUGAGAUUAUGUCUACCCAAACUUUCAAAAAAAAAAAAAAAAAAAUUCCCUUUUUUUGUGCAAUUUCAUUUUUUUCCAGUUACUAUUAAAUAGUCGUGUACUAUUUUAAAUUUUAAUUGUAUAGAGAUAGUAUAAUAUAUCAAAUACUGUCUUUGUUUUUGUAGUGUUAGAAAAACAAGAAAAAUAUCCACUAAGUGGAUUAAUUUGUGUGCUGGUACACACAAUAAAAUAAAAAAAGAGAGACAAAAGAAAAAAUGAUAUUUCAUUUUUUGUACUGACGAUAUUUGACAAUAAUUGUUAUUACUAUUGUCCUCGAAGAUACUUAUUAAUUUAUUUUAAAUUAAUGAUACACAUAUUAAACAGCUAGAAAGUAAUUUACUUUUCAAUAUAAGCAACACAUCCAGUAAUUUAUUUUCACAAUUGUAUAUAGAUCUGUGCUAAUUUAAAAUGAAACAAAUUGUUU